GAAUACUUUGAGCGGGCUUUCAGUGCGUUUAUUUUGACUUUCAACGUAACGUCGUACGGUCUGUUUUCUCAGGCUUCUCUACAGUUUAGUAGAAGGAGUUGGUGGACUUCUGCCUUCUCAAAACUACUUUUCAAAUCCUUUGUGUUUGGACGUUCUCCAGAUCACUGUUGUGUGGCUUCCUAUCGUACAGGUUUUAAAAUGGAUGCUGUUGUGCUACCACAACCUAACGGAGACAUUCUAAGCAUUCCUGAAAAUGGAAUCUCAGGAGAGGCUGUAAAAAAGCGGUUGUCAGUUGAACGGAUUUAUCAGAAGAAAACCCAAUUAGAACACAUACUUCUACGGCCUGAUUCUUAUAUCGGUUCCACAUUGAAAGACACUCAGCAAAUGUGGGUCUUGGAUGAGAGUCAGCAACAUAUGGUCAAUCGCGAUAUCACAUUUUCUCCUGGUCUCUAUAAGAUUUUUGAUGAAAUCCUGGUAAAUGCUGCCGACAACAAAGUUAGAGAUCCUACCAUGUCAUGUAUAAAAAUCGACAUUAAUCCUGCUGAGAAUAUGAUCCGCAUCUGGAAUGACGGCAAAGGAAUCCCAGUUGUUCACCACAAAGUUGAAAAUACCUACGUCCCUACUCUGAUAUUCGGCCACCUACUCACUUCAAGCAAUUAUGAUGAUACUGAACGGAAAGUGACAGGUGGAAGGAAUGGUUAUGGCGCCAAGUUAUGCAAUAUCUUUAGCAAGAAGUUCAUUGUAGAAACAUCCUCUAAAGAAUACAAAAAAAGUUUCCGGCAGGUAUGGGUCGAAAAUAUGACAAAGACAACUGACCCGAAAAUUUUGGCGGAUAAAGGAGAUGACUUUACUUGCAUUACAUUCUAUCCCGAUCUUGCACGUUUCGGUAUGAACGAGCUGGAACAAGACACGGUAUCUCUUUUUACUCGUCGCGCAUAUGACAUGGCUGCAACCUGUAAUGGAGUUAAAGUUUUCCUUAAUGGUAAAAGAUUACCCAUAAAGGGUUUUAUGGACUACGUAAACCUUUUUAUCAAACCCAACAAAGAUGACGGAGACAGUGUUAAGGUUGUAUAUGAAGCAGUCAACCCGCGUUGGCAGGUAGCAGUAGCAGUUAGCAAUACGGGCUUUCAGCAAGUCAGUUUUGUUAACAGUAUUGCAACUACUAAAGGCGGAACACAUAUUAAUUAUGUGAGUGAUCAAAUUGUAAACAAGUUAAUGGAAAUCGUCAAAAAAAAAUCCGGAAAAUCUGGUGUCCAAAUCAAACCUUUUCAAAUAAAGAAUCAUAUGUGGUUGUUUGUCAACUGUCUCAUAGAAAACCCCACAUUUGAUUCCCAAACAAAGGAGAAUAUGACUCUGCAGACAAAAAGUUUCGGGUCUACGUGUACUCUAAGUGAGAAGUUUAUUGGACAGGCCUCAAAAUCGGGUAUAGUUGAAAAUGUACUGUCUUGGAUUCGUUUUAAAGCAAUGGAAAAAAUGGACAAGCAAUGUCACAAAUCCAAACAUUCUAAGCUCAAAGGAAUACCUAAAUUAGAUGAUGCAAAUAAUGCAGGGACUAAAAAUUCUUCUCAAUGUACUCUUAUUUUAACAGAGGGUGACUCAGCCAAAACUUUAGCUGUGGCUGGUCUUGGAGUUGUCGGUAGAGACAAUUAUGGUGUCUUUCCAUUGAGAGGCAAACUACUGAAUGUUCGUGAAGCAUCUAACAAACAAAUUAUGGAAAAUGCAGAAAUAAACGCACUGAUUAAAAUUCUUGGACUCCAAUACAAACUGAAGUAUGAGUCGGCGGAUACGCUGAAAGAUUUACGCUACGGCAAGAUUAUGAUUAUGACUGAUCAGGAUCAGGAUGGUUCUCAUAUUAAGGGUUUAAUAAUAAAUUUUGUUCAUUGUAACUGGCCAAAUUUACUAAAGCAUAACGUAGUAGAGGAAUUCAUUACUCCAAUUGUAAAAGUGUUUAAAGGGAAACAAGAAUAUUCUUUCUACAGCUUACCAGAAUUUGAGGAGUGGCAAAAAUCAACUCCAAACUGGCAUACUUGGCGUGUAAAAUACUACAAAGGUUUGGGUACUUCAACAAGCAAGGAAGCUAAGGAAUACUUUUCUGACAUGAAUCGUCAUCGGAUUCGAUUUCGCUACAGUGGGAUUGAAGAUGAUGGGAGCAUUCAAUUGGCUUUCGACAAAAGUAAGAUAGCUGAUCGUAAAAACUGGUUGACCAACUUUACACAAGAACGUAAACGUCGACGUGAAUUAGGUCUCCCGGAGCCUUACUUGUAUGGGAAAGAUACUCGAGCAAUAACUUAUCAUGAUUUUGUUCACAAAGAGCUAGUGUUGUUUUCGAAUUUGGACAACGAACGGAGUAUUCCAUCUGUUGUAGACGGGCUGAAACCUGGACAAAGAAAGGUACUGUUCACCUGUUUAAAAAGAAAUCUUAUUAGAGAAAUUAAAGUUGCUCAGCUCGCUGGUUCUGUUGCUGAACUGUCGGCUUAUCAUCAUGGUGAACAAUCCCUGAUGAGCACUAUUAUUGGUUUAGCUCAAAACUUUGUUGGAUCAAAUAAUUUAAAUUUGCUUCAACCAAUUGGUCAGUUUGGUACGCGACUUAGUGGAGGCAAAGAUGCUGCAUCUCCUCGUUAUAUAUUCACUGCAUUGAACUCACUUACACGACUUAUUUUCCAUUUGGAGGAUGAUCCUCUGUUAAAUUAUCUAUACGAUGAUAAUCAACGUAUUGAACCAGAAUGGUAUGCUCCAAUAAUUCCUAUGGUCCUUGUCAAUGGAGCAGAUGGUAUCGGAACUGGCUAUGCAACACAUAUUCUCAACUAUAAUGUUAUAGAGAUAAUAAACAACCUUUAUCGUAUGUUAGAUGGUGAAGAACCGCAUCGUAUGUUGCCGAACUUCCGUGGCUUUACUGGUACCAUUGAGGAUUUGGGUAAUAAUCGUUAUGUUUGCUAUGGAGAAGUUGCUGUUCUAGAUGAUGAUACUUUGGAGAUUACUGAACUUCCUAUCCGAGUCUGGACACAGAAUUACAAAGAAUCGGUUUUAGAACCUAUGUUGAAUGGUUCAGAAAAGGUCCCUGCUUGUAUCACAGAUUACAAAGAAUAUCAUACAGAUGUCACUGUGCGGUUCGUUGUUAAGAUGUCUCCUGAAAAAUUGCGGGAAGCCGAAUCUACUGGACUUCAUAAAUUCUUCAAACUUCAAACAGUCAUGAGUACCGGUUCGAUGGUUUGCUUCGAUCCUUUAGGUUGUUUAAAGUGUUAUCCCAACGAGAUGGUUAUUAUCCGCGAAUUCUACGAAUUACGUCUUACAUGGUAUGAAAAACGGAAGGUCUACUUAGAAGGUGUAUUGUCUGCAGAGGCUCGGAAACUAGAAAAUCAAGCCAGGUUCGUCCUUGAGAAAAUUCAGUCUAUUAUGGUGAUCGAAAAUAAACCAAAGAAAGAAUUGAUUCGUAUGCUUAAGGAAGCCAAUUAUGAUUCAGAUCCUGUUAAGGCAUGGAAAGAAAGCAUAGACAAAGCAGCUGCUGUGCAGGAACAGGAAGAAUCUCGUACAAAUGAAGGUGCCCCUCAAACUGAAGCGGUUGAAGCAGGUCAACCUGACUACAAUUAUAUUUUAAAUAUGCCUUUAUGGAGUUUGACAAAAGAGCGUAAGGAUGACUUACUUGCUCAAAGAGAUGCUAAGCAAAAAGAAUUACUCAUUCUAAAAAGUAAAUCUCCUUCCGAUUUGUGGCGUGAAGAUCUUAAGAAAUUAGAGGAGGAGUAUAAGAAAGUAGAAGCGGAGUUGGCCGCUGAUGAACAGGCUGCAAUUGAAGCAGUUGAAAAAAAAUUAAAAAUAGCAUCGACUACGACAGCUGGUCGUGUUGCUGCUACAAAAUCACGUAAAUUAGCAAUGGAAACAAGACCAGAUCCAAUGGGUAGACGAAUUGUUCCGACAGUAGAUGCUGAUAUGAUGAAAAAGGUGGAGGGAAAUAAGAAGAAACGAAAUAAAACAGAAAACGAUCUAAAUGAAGGUAACGAGUUGGAUAAUAGUUUCGAAGCGAAUGAUGAAGAAAACAAUGGAAAUGAUGAACCUAAACCGCUUGCUCAGCGUCUUGGUGCUUCUGAAAAAACAGAUGUACAGAAGACAGCUACUACACGUGGACGUGGUAAAGGAAGAACUGUCCCAACAAGUCGUCCAAAGCUUCUGAAACCAUCUAGUCCAAAUAUUAGUCCUAUUAAACGUAGAAAUGUGGGUGGAAAUGCCAAGCGUAAACGGUCUAGUCGUAUGCCAUGGGAGUCUGGCUCUGACACCGGAGACUCAGAAAGUCAAGUCUCUAUUGAUAGUGAUAAUGAUUAUAUUUCCCCAAUUUCCGGUGGACCUGCUGUCGAUCGUGUACGACGUGAAAAAGCUGCAGCAACAAAAUAUGUUUUCGAUAACGACAGUAGUAGUAAUGAAGAAGAUAAUGAACAGGAGGAGAAUUUUCAAGUUGUUGAUCAUGGACAAGGAAAUAAAGAGAUUGAUAUACCGAUUGUCUCAGAAAUUCCAGACACUAAGUCAUCAUCAAUCCCAUCAAGUAGCCAUGGUGGUGGUGCAUCUAUAAAGGCUGAUUCUGGGUCAACAUCUCGUGGUGCUCCUGGUAUUGCAUCAGGUCGUGGACGUGGUCGUGGUGGCAAAGGACGGCAGUUUUCAGCUCCACCUAAAUCACAACCUAGUAUCAAAUCAAUGUUUCCUCCUACUCAGAAGAAAACCACAAUAAAUAUUUCAACAGACGAUGAUUCUAAUGAUGCCGCAAGUAUAACUACUUCUCAAAAAGAGCCUAGGGUAAAUUCUCGACGUACUGCAACAAAUCGUGCCCGAUACGUAUUUGAUGAUGAAGAUGACGAUCUAGAUAUUGAUUCAGAUGACAAUGGUGCCAAAAAACAAUCCAAAGGUGGUUCACGUAAACGUCAGAAAAACGAUGACGAUAGCGAUUUUGAACCCGAAAAGGUUAAGAAGGGCAAGUCAAGGAAGGGAGCUCUAGAUGACUCAGAUUUCGAAUUCUCCGACUAGACACUUGUACAGAAAUCCUUUUUUGUUUGAACCAUUUUUUUGUUAAACCACUGUUAUUUCUCUUUUAUAAGGUUGCAUUGUAUUUGUUACAUAUUCCUCCCCGUUAUUUCUAUUGGACAUUUUCGGCCUAGAAAUUUAUCACAUAUACUCAUAUACAUAUAUGUUUCUAUAAUGUCCCUUACCAUAUUGUAUUAAAGUUCAUUUUGGUAUAUACUAAUAACUGUUACAGAAAUGGAUAUACUACUUAUGACAAAAUGUUAACAGUUUAGUAUGUUACUUGUUUUUGUGGUUUAUAUUCUACGUUAUUUCUCUUAUUGCAUUUUUCAUAAUUAUAUUAAAACAUUUUCUGUUUUUUUACUGCACUAAAUAGUUUAAAAAAAUAGUUUUUUGUUAAAUAGGUCCCAGUUUGGGUUUUUGUCGAUAUUUCUAAGUGUACCUUGUUAUGUUAAAAAAAAUUUUAUUCUCAUUAUUUUAUGUGCAGCAUACAAUAAUAAUGAAUCGUUUCGUUGUGCGGUAAUAUCUUCAUACUAAACAAUUUCCACUAAUUGAAAUCUAAUAGUUUCAUGAAUCUAAGUUUAGUAGCUUGAAUUUGUCAUUUUUUCACACUAGUUAUAGAUUCCUAUUUUUAG